CGUGGAUGUUGUGAGUCUGGGAAGCGGACGGUGCGUGGAGCGAUUCGCGCGGACGGCGAGCUGAGCUCCGGGCGAUGACAUUUUGGCUCGGUGAGAGAUGAAGUUUUUCUUCUGGCUUACAUAAAAUCUGACGGGACCUAAGAGGAGAAUGAGGAUCGAGCUGUGCUUUUGUCUUCUGGUCACCCUUUUCUCCUGUUUUCCCUGUAGUAUCUACAGUCAGAACAUAGAUCCUUCCGAAUUCUUUCAGAACCUAACAUGCUUAACUCACGACACAGAAUAUCUACUGUGCACCUGGGAUACUCCACUCCCCACGGACUCAGAAGUUGUCUAUCAUGUUUGCUAUAGUUCUUCUGAACCUCAAGUUUGUUUCCAAACCAACCAGAGCCUUCUAGAAAUUGACUUUAAGGCUUUCGGGAUAAAUGUCAUAAGGAUAAAGGCCACAACAGAUUUGGGUCCUGUGGAAAUAACUUUGCAGAAAACUAUGCACGAUGUCCCUUUUGUUCCAUAUGCCCCGGAGAUUGUCUCUCUCACAUCCAAUUACCUGUCCGACACACUUUAUGCUACGUGGCAUUGGAAUACGUCCGGUUGUCUGGACGGUGUGGAGUUGAAGUUUGAAAUACAAAUACUUCGUGGUGAAAACCUUGACGUUGUAACAACGGAGUCGGUGAUCAGCGUGUGCGCCCAAAAUAAUACUAGAUUCCCAUGGAGCUGGGUCUCUGACGUCCCGUUGCUCUGUACCUCCCACUCCGUACGGGUUAGGUGCUUUGUUAAUGAAGAACAUUACUUCGGAGACCUCAAGUGGAGCCAGUGGAGCAGAAUGCGUACAGUAUAUGGCAGCUCUGAAGUAGACGUUAUGUAUCCUGACGAGAAAGUGGUUGCUGUCGGGUCAAACGUAACAUUCUGCUGCAUCGUGAAGGAAGGCAUGACGAUCACCUCGAUACAGUAUAACUCGAAAGGAGUUACACCUUUCAAGCUCGGCAAGAACGCCAGUGCAAUUCGAUUAAAGAAUAUGAGCAUGUCCAUCGAGAGCGGGGAUAACCUUUUCUGUAACACGAGGGAGGAUGCGUAUGAAGCGGGGAUGGGAGAGAGCGCGUAUCCCAUAGGAACGGUGGUCUUUGUUGGCUACCCACCCGAUAAAUUAAGGAACUUCACCUGUGAAACCCGCGACCUCAAAAAAAUUAACUGCACGUGGGAUUUCGGUCGAACAACUGGGUUAUACGGGCACCGGAAAACAAUUUACGUCUUACAUGAAAGCAUCUCGGGAAAGAAUGUCUCUUGUAAUGAAGAGGAGUGCACGUGGCUGGAUUUUAGUGCAAUAAAGAAUCAGAAUCUGUAUAAUUUUUCGCUAACGGCCUCUAAUCCUUUGGGGCAGUCGGAGGCCUUUCUUGCUCUCAAUUUGACUGAGCAAAUUUAUCUUUGGCCUCCGAGGGAAUUUACCGUACGGGAAAGCAGUCCAACUCAAGUUUCUCUGUCAUGGAAGUUAAAUGGAAGGUUUGCUUUGCUCAUGCUUCUGUGCGAGAUUCAAACAAAUCUUUCCAACGGAGGAACAAGAACGCGCAAUGUCACCUUUUCUGGAUUGGAUGAUGGAUUUUAUAAUUACUCUAUAGCCAACUUGCGUCCGUUUCACAGCUAUGAGUUCCGAGUCCGUUGUGCGUCGGUGGAUCCAUUCUGGAAGUGGGGCGAUUGGAGCGUUUUAAAGAAGCAUCAUACGUCGCCAGCAGCCCCUUCCAGAAAGCCAGAUAUCUGGAGGGAAGUCACAGGGGGUUCGGAACAACGAACAAUAACGGUCUACUGGAAGCCUUUCUCAACCAACGAGGCCAAUGGACCAGUACGUUCCUACAAGGUGUCUUGGAAGCCACUUGAGAGUAACGCAGAACAAAAGUCCAGCCUGCUGUCUGCGCUGCACAGCCGCGCGCAGAUAAACGUCAGCGGGGAUAAAGAGGAUUAUGAAGUCAGCGUGGCUGCCAUCAAUGAUGCUGGACUUUCUCCCGCUGCACGCAUAACAACCGCGGAGCUUCCAAAUGAUGCUGUUGAGAUGGAGCGUCAGAUUGGAUCAGCGGAGGGCAUUAAUAUCACCUGGCAUUGGGAUAGAAAUGUCUCCUGUGGGCAUGUCGUUCAGUGGACGCCUGCGUUCCGUUCCCACGCCUCGACGUUACUGUGGAACCGGCUUCCGUCUCACCGCACCAGUGCGUUUAUCCAUUCAGACCAAUUCCUCGCUGGCAUCAGGUACAACAUUUCAGUAUUCGGAUGUAAAGAAAACAAAUAUCAGCUUUUCAAGAUGUUGACUGGAUACACCCAGGAAUUAAGUCCAAAGAUAGCACCAAAUCUUACUGUGGAAGGAACAACUUCAAAUUCUGUCCGAAUAAAAUGGAAUGCUGUUCCAGAAGAUACCCUCCAAGGAUUCCUGCAGGGAUAUUUGGUUUAUAUUAUGAAGCAGGACAAUGAUACUUCUGCCUCCAACUUUAGAGAUUUGGAUUCUGGGAAGAUAAUGAAGAAUAUCACUAAUCCCAAACAAAUGAACUUGACAAUAGGAGAUCUUCAGGGUGGAACAAGUUAUUACCUAGGGGUACGAGCAUACACCAGAGGUGGUAAAGGUCCCAUCAGCUUCAUAAACGUGGUGACCAACGACAAUGCUAUAGGUCUUAUACUUGCAAUACUCAUACCUAUUGUAGUUGCGGUUCUAUUGGGUAUCUUGGCAAGUACAAUAUGCUACCGGAAAAGGGAAUGGAUUAAGGAGACGUUUUAUCCAGAAAUACCAAAUCCAGAAAACAGCAAAGCUCUACAGUUCCAGAAGAAUGCCAAUGAGGGGAACAAAAAUGUCAAAGUAUUGGAGAUGAAUCCGUGCACCCCCAACAAUGUUGAAGUUCUACAAACCGUGCCAAAGGUUCUGGAUACUGAACUUAACUCCCCAUCAACUGUGGAUCUAAUCAAGCUUCCAGAAGAUGGUUUAGAGACAGAUGAGAGUCACACAGUCAUUUCAUAUUGCCCGUCUGCUACCAAUGAAGACACAUCUGGUGUUCUGGUAGAUGGAUCAGGGACUUCUUCCCAAGUUGUAUAUAUAGACGUUCAGUCGAUGUAUCAGCCUCAAGCAAACCCAGAAGACGACGUUGAAAAUGGGUUGGACAAUGGUGGUUACAAACCACAAAUGCAGCUUACCAUUAAUACUGUGAAAAUGGACAGCCAUGAGCCCGCAGCGGACCUCUUGCCAGAAGCGGCAGGGUACAGACCUCAGGAAAACCUUGCAUCGUGGCCUGCGGAUUCUCCGGGGUCCCCUACGUCCAUGGAAAAUGCUUCUUUUGGAAGCCCGUGCUCUGUGAACUCUAGACAUUUCCUCAUCCCCCCCGUGGAUGAUAAAGACUCCCUUAAACUCACGCAUGCGGGAUGGUCAAUUACAUCUCUCUUUCAUAACAAGCAGGAGGGCUGAGUCUGGAAUCAGAUGGCCGCCUGUACAUAGAUAGAUCUGUAUGAUGU